AUGUCUGAUUACGAAGAAGCUUUUAACGAAGGUAAUGAAAACUUCGAUAACUUUGAUGUAGAACAUUUCUCCGACGAGGAUAAUUUUGAUACCAACAAUGCUAACGAGUUCAAAGAUGGAGAAACUAAGGAUGCCAAUGGGAAUACUAUUAUUACAGGGGGAUUAGGUCCCGAACAACACAAAGAGGAACAAAUCCAGAGGAGAAAAACGCUUAAGGAAAAGGCUAUCCCAAAGGAGGAAAGAACCACCACGCCAUACAUGACAAAAUAUGAAAGAGCAAGAAUUUUAGGAACAAGAGCCCUACAAAUCUCUAUGAAUGCGCCAGUCUUUGUUGAUUUAGAAGGUGAAACUGAUCCUUUACGAAUCGCUAUGAAGGAAUUGGCCGAAAAGAAAAUUCCUUUGGUCAUUAGAAGAUACCUACCAGAUGGUUCUUUUGAAGAUUGGAGCGUAGAAGAACUGAUUGUCGAUUUAUAA